GACGCGCGCGCGACGAGCGACGCGCCGCGCGACGAGCGACGACGCGCCGGUCGAGCGUCGAGCUCGACGCGCGCCCGGAUGAGCGACAGCGAGAGCGAUUACAGCGACGACGACGCGCACAUCGGCGGCGGCGAUCGGGAUGCGGAGGAAACGUACGACGGCGCGGGAGGCGAGGCGACGCUGAACGUGGACGUCGGAUCGUCGCUCACGAGCGCGGAUUGGGCGGACAUCGAUAACUCGGACCUCGUGGCCAAGGUGCGCGGGAGCGCGGGGUUUCGAAUCAUGCGAGAGAUUCAGCCGUGGGACGGGGCGCUGGACGCGCCGCCGGAUUUGAUGAAACGACACGUGUUUGAAUACUUUUACACGCAGCGCAAGGACAGUGACUUUUAUAAAAAGUUGGCCAAGGAUUGCUUCCCGAGCGAGUACGAAAGAGCGGGGGCGGAUAAAUCGGAGAAGAAGCGGUUGGCGAACCUCUGGGCGGGGGCGGUUUUGGACGAGUUGAAGGCGAUGCGAGACGGGGCGAAGCACACCUUGCGAUGGAUCAACGCCAUCAAGGAAGCGCAGGCGGGUGAUUUGUUAUUUUUAAAGCGUGAGGCUCUGACUCACGGGCCCGGGAGCGUGCAGGAGAUUGCCAGUCAAAUUGUUUGGGACAACGUGAGUAAUCGCAUCAAGGAUCAAACCUUUGCGGCGAUGCACGCGUGGACGAACAAAUCGGGUGCUCAAUCCGGUGGCGUCGCGCGCAUGUACAAGCAUCAGCACGAACUCAUCGAUCAACUGGACAAGCACUAUGCCGCCAUCGGGAAAAUGCAAGAGGCGAAGAAGCCGUUACCCAAGCCGUUGCACGUCAUCUUAUCGACGCCGACGGGGUCGGGCAAGACGUUCACCGCCAUUCUCGUUCACCUGCGUCUUUUGAAGGUCAAGUACCCGGACGCUAUCUUGCUCUACUCAGUGCCGACGAAACAAGUUUUGAAGCGCGUUGGACAAGAGUGUGAAGCGCACGCGGUGCCGUACUGGACGGCGGCGCGCGACAACACGGGCGAUGGAACGCUUCACCAAGUGCGUCGUCCGUAUUCCAUUCGUGAUAAGGCUCGAAACAAGAAAGCACUUCGUGCGGCGCGUGCUAUCGGUGAAAAGGUCAGCGCUGGUUCCGGUACGAUUCAACAACAGCUCGAAUACGCCGCAGAUGUGGGUUACAAGCUCAAGGAUCACGGCGCUGGUAAACCGGAUAUCAUCAUCGCGGAUCUCAAUACCACGGCGGCGUUGCUCAAAGCCUGCAAGGAAGAAAGCUCCAGCUCGUUCUACCACGAGUCUAAGAUUCUUUUGUACUUUGACGAGCCGAAUAUGGGUAUUCACCUCGAUCCGAAUGUUUUGGGUGUGGUUUCGUCUAUCCAGGCCAACAUGCCGCUCACCGCCGUACUUGCUUCGGCGACCCUAGGCGCGUGGGAAGGUUUGGAGCCUUGGUGGCGCGGCCCGACCGAUGCGAACCAAAUUACUAUUAGUUUGGAGCCGUACGAGUUGCCAAUGGCGAAGCUCGCCGUUUUCAACGAAGGCACGAGCGAGUUUUCUCCCAUGAGUCCGCUCAACUUGAUUGAAAAUUAUGCCGAAUACCAACGAGUGAUGGAGGAUUACCGUUUGCCCACGCUUCUGUUGCGUCACUUGACAGCUCGACAUGGUAAUGAUUUAUUGCAGAUUCAACCGCCCGGUGGACCUUGGGAUAAGGUGCAGGGUGACGUGAAAUCGUUGCGUUUGGCAAUCGAACCGACGUUUACGAGCCUGUCGCAAAAAGAAUUUGAACGACUGCAAGGUCGAUGGAAGAUGGGCGAGGACGCUCCUACCAAGGUCGAUGGCAUCCGUGGUGCACUCUCAAAAGAGGGCGUCACUAUGGUCGGUUGCUUGGAUCCGCGCAAGGUGGCGUUCGAGCUCGCCGGCUUUGCUGACCAGGAGGCUUGGAUCCAAGACGUUCAUAAAUUGAACAACAAGCUCAAGGAAGCGGAAAGAAUGGUAAAAGAGAACGCCAAGGCUGAAAAACGCAAAAAGAAGGAUGACGAAGACGAGGCUAAGGAUGGUGGCGACGAAGGCGGCGUCGGAGUCGUGACUCUUCGACCGAUGUUAAAGAUUAGUCUCGCCGAAGCUCUCGAGGCUGACAUCAACACCUUGGUCAUGCUUUCUAAGGGUAUCGCUUAUGCGUGCGGGUCAGGCACAGAGCCUAUGGUGAAACGUCUUUAUAACCAAGCGUUGCUCACCGUUCCCGAUUCUCUUCGAGGACGAUCUCCGCCGCUCAACGUGCUGGUUGUCGACUACUCGUCCAUUUACGGAACGGAUUGUCCCGCGGUUGAUACUUUGUUGUUGCAAGAGGAUUUGGGUCGACUCUUAGCUUGGGAAGAUCUUCAGCAGUUCCUUGGUCGUCUUCGACGCGAUGGAACAGCCGUUUUCUACUCCAAGAAAACUCUUCGCCGGGCCGCUCUCGGCGCCGCGGUCGAAGAGGAAGAGACGACGGCGCUUAUUGAAUUCCAAAAGCUUGUUGAAAACUCUGUGCUGGAUCUCGAAAAGGCUCAAAAACGCGACACCGACAGCGUCACCGCCCUCGUGACCAAGCUCUCUGCGUCUUCUGGUCGCAGUGCGGGAGAAGUCGCUUCGUACGUGUUGGCGUCUGUUAUAUCGUUUGCGCUAUCUGCUCCGUCUCAUCUCGAUGGUGCGGGCGUGUACCCGGCGACCAUCCCGGAGAGCGACAAAGAGCUCUUAGCCGCGAUCACAAAGCGCGUGGAGGGUUACUCGGACGCAUUGGAAAAUGUGUUGAAAAAGAUGUCGGAGCAAGUUCGUGCCGUGAGCGCGAUCGAAGCCCUCUCGCUCUCUGCGAACCCGUUCGCCAGCCGUACCGGCGGCGCUCGCGUGCUCGGCAUUGCUGCGCAAGUGUUGAAAAUGCUGUACGAUGCUGAUAUCCUCUCCGAAGAAGCACUCUUUGCUUGGGCUAAUGCGAAGCGCAAAGAACUUCUCGCUGAGUCAGACGGUGACGCUCGCUUCUUUGGCAAAGCAAAGCCAUUCAUUCAGUGGUUAUCCGAAGCAAGCGAUGAAGACAGCGAUGAAGAAGAAGAAUAGGUCACACACACAUCACAUU